AUUUUUUGUCACCAAACAGGCCCCCUGCCACUCCAAAAGCUGCAAAAUAACCCUCUGUAUCUCACUCUCUGUGUGUGUGUGUGUGUAUAGAUACAUAUACAUGAAUAUAAUAUAAGAGAGAGAGGGUAUAUGAUAGAGUGGCAAGUGGGUUUUUGUUGUUUUCUUGGACUACCCAUUAUGUCUUCUUCUUCUUCUUCUUCUUCUUCUUCUUCUUCCUCCAUUUUCAGUCUCAGUAAGUUGCAGUUGCAGGUUUUGGUGUUGGCUGUCUGGGUGGUGAGUGGUGCUGUGCGCAUAGCAAAUGGAGGGAGUGCUGUGAAGGUGGGAAAUAUUUCAAAGGUGGAAGAUGCAGAGAAUUUCCAUAUUUACUAUGGCCAGACCUUCAAGGUCAUCAAGAACGCCAUUGAUGGCAAAAGUUACCUUCUUAUCCAGGAUAAUUCAAGGAUGGCAGCAAGAACAAAAUAUUGCACUGCAAGGAUUAAAUCAUUUGUCAUCCCUUUGUCCAACUAUUCUGUUGAUACUGAUUUAUUUCCAGGUAAUGUAUGAAACAAAUUUGUUCAGCUGCUAGGAUUAUUAGGAAGCAUGAAGGGGAUGACAUCAAGUUCAGUGGCAUCAGAAUGUGUAUUGAAACUAUACGAAGAAGGAGAAAUAUCCAUCAUCAACAAGACUCAACCACAGCAAUUCUCCCAAUUUGCAGCUCAUUUCGUCACCGACACCGAUCAGAUGCAAGCUUGUAACUUUGCUAAUUUCGUUCCUUUCGGAGAAUCCACGCCUCUUCAGCAAGCAGAGUGGAUAAAAUUCUUGGGAGCUUUCACAAAUCUUGAAGCCAGAGCCAAUCAAGUUUAUGAUGCAGUUAAACAGAAUUACUUGUGUUUGGCACAAGUAGCUGCUAAGAAGACAAAAUCCUUUAAACCCAUUGUAGCAUGGAUGGAGUUUUAUGAUGGUAUGUGGUCUUUUACCAAAGAAACUUACAAGUUGAAGUAUGUGGAAGAUGCUGGUGGAGAAAACAUCGAUGCAUCCAUCAACAAAAUCACUUACAAUGUCUCUAAUCCAGACGAUUUGGAUUCAUUACAUGCCAUUCUCUGUGUAAGUCCUUACAUAUAUAUAUAUAUAUAUAUAUAUAUACAUACUACAAUUAUAUACGUACCAAAUUAUAUAAAUCAUACCAAAUUAUAA